AUGGAACAGAGAAAGUUGAAUGAUCAAGCUAACACCUUAGUGGAUUUAGCAAAGACUCAAAACAUCAUGUAUGACAUGAUCUCGGAUCUAAAUGAAAGAAGUGAAGACUUUGAGAAGAGGAUUGUUGUCUUAGAGACGAAGCUAGAGACAUUAAUUGGUAGCAUUCAAGCUCUCCCUGGACUGAUUAGUCAGACAAUAAGCCAACAACAAAGGGACUUGAUGGAAGCUCAGCUGCAAAAUUAUGACAAGCAUGUUGCGUAUAGCAUCGAGCGAUCACGGUCUGUGUCAAGAAGGCGGCGGUCUUCAUCCACAGCACCUCCAACUUCGUCGGAAAGUAGCUAG